AUGGUCAAGGCUGGUACUGUUGUUGGUUAUUACAAGCAGCUACCGCAGGAAAUAGCACAGGUUAUGGGAAUGGCAAGCUGGUGGCGAUGUACAGAGUUGGCUGGUGCAGUUGUGCAAUAUAGAGAUGAUGCUGCUGAGAGCUGGAGAUUUCUAAGAUCUAGUGAUCUUAGACAUCUCCAGAAACAGGUAGCCAAGUUGACCUCCGAUGUUUGGUAUUAUCAGAAGAAGUUCGACAGGUUGAUGAACGUGACUGUUCAUAACGAAUACCAAAUCUCUCUUGAAUCUGUUCAUAAUGCAGAUCUUGUGAAGCAGAUGGCUUCUCUCCGUAAAGAAUAUGACGAAGCUCUUAAAUGGAAAGAGGAUCUCAUCUUAAAGCAAAAGGAGGAUAUUUCCUUAGUUGAGAAAUGCCUCUCAGCCCAAGAAGUUAUCCAUAAAAAGUAUCAUGCAGAUUUCGAAGAUGCCUAUGCUUCUUUGGAUAAGGUUACUGCAGAGCGUAAUGUUUUGUCUUCCGAGAUUGGAAGUGUAGAGAAUAUGUACCAAGUUUUAUCCUCUGAGAAUGCUUCGCUCCGGAUUGAUGUUGAGGAUCUUCGGACUGAACAAGAUACCCUUGAGGAGGAUCUUGAAGCUGUUGAGGUUGACCUUGCUGAGGCCCGACAUAGUUUAGAAGAAUCCCUUAGCCAUGCCGGAGGUCUUCAGGAACAGCUUGUUGGUGUGAAUGCUAAGAUUAACCGUCUUGAGGGCUAG